AUGGCCAAUGCAACCAGUGCUCCAUCAGUUAGUUCCCCUACAAUUCAAGCACCCAUCCCAACAGCAUCUUCAUCAAUUCCUCACCCAGUUCCCGUACCAAGUCCUCCAGCAGCUUCGUCACCUAUUUACCCUAUAACAAUGCACCAUGUACCCUUUCAAAGUCCUGCAUCAGCUCCAUCAACUAUUACAAUGCACCAUGUACAUGUACCCUUCGAAGGUCCUGCAUCAGUCCAGUCAAUUCCAGCACCCGAUUCGACUGCAGCUUCAUCAACUCCUUCUGCAUCAGUUCCGUCAUUUCCAGCACCCAUCCCGAGUGCAGCUUCAUCACUCAAUCCUUCAGCAGCUCCCUUAAUUACCCUCCCCACAGGUUUUACAACAGCUUUCUCUGUAGAAACGUACAUCUCCUCAGGCAAUGGUCAAAACCAUGUGUUUUAA